UUGUGAUGUAUUGUUUAUUUAGAUAACUACUGUACAUGCACCCGCAUGUGGCUUUUCAUCUCACUUGGCAAAAAUUGUUUUAAACAUUCACGUAUUAAUAGACGCUUCUAUUAUCAGAGCCGGCAUAAACGGGCCAGCGUGAUGCUGAUCGAUUUGCUUCGUUAAGUGAUUGUAAACUACGAAAAAGUCAAAAAUGCUCGCACUUAACGGGGGACACAUAAAAUUUUAAAAUAGCAAUAACACGCUGUAAGAAUAUUGUUAGAUACGCGGGGCAUUGCUCCACCCAAGCACUCGGCACUUGGUAGCGCUCCUAAAAAAAUGAUUAGUGAACUUAAAGUGCAUCCAGGAGAUCAACGAAAUCGCCAGUGGUUUCAAAUUGUUGCUAUUUUAAUAGCUUGCAUAUCAUCCCUUAAUUUUGGACUAAGUUUUGGUUGGACGUCCCCAUCCAUACCCAAUUUACUUUCUUCAAAUUCAACGAUAAAAAUAUCAUUCGAAGAAUGUUCUUAUUUUCCAAUAAUACAAUCGCUGUGUCUUAUGGGGACAUGUCCAAUUGUGGCGAUCCUGGUAGAAAUCCUGGGACGAAAAAGAUGUGCUCUUUUGUUAUCCGUUCCUUACCUUAUAUCUUGGAUUUUGAUAGCAACGGCUAACUCGACACUGAUGCUUAACCUGUCUCGGCUUUUCGCUGGUAUUGGAGAUUCGAGUGUUUUUACUGUUUUGCCGAUGUACGUGGGAGAGAUUGCCGAACCGAACGUUAGAGGCCUUUGGGGAAAUAUGGUCGGAAUUGGGGUAUACCUUGGUCAAUUCAUCAUAAACGUUAUUGGUGCUUUCAUGUCCAUACCCCAUACUGCAAUUGUAUGCGCCUUAGGGCCUACUCUUCAUCUUAUCCUCUUCUCAUUCAUGCCAGAAUCUCCGUACUUUCUUCUAAUGAAAGGAAGAGAAGAAGCUGCGAGGAAAUCGUUGCAAACUUUACGGUGGAAGAAAGACGUAGAUGAAGAAUUCAUAAAACUAGAGAGUGACGUUAAACGUCAAAUAUCUGAGAAAGGUACUCUAAGAGAUUUAUUUGUGAAAUCUGUGAAUAGAAGGGCACUCAUAGUAGGAUGUGGUCUGAGAGCUGCCCAGCAAUUUUCCGGUAUGCCUGCUUUUGGAGUCUACACCCAAUACAUGUUCGAGCAAAGCGGAAGCGUUUUCUCAAAAAGCACAUCGUCUAUUAUUUAUACUGGAGCUUUACUGUUGAUAAUGUCUUCAAACAUGUUUUUAAUGGAUCGAUAUGGAAGAAGGCUUUCCAUGAUGUUAUCGUCUAUUGGUUGCGGCUUGACAUUACUAGUUCUCGCCGCGUUUUGUUACGUGGCAGACAAUGAACUAGUCGAUGUUUCCAGCGUGAGAUGGAUACCGCUACUCGGUAUGGUAAUAUGGCUACUAUUUGCCGGAAGCGGUCUGGGACUCGUCCCAAUUCUGAUGCUGGGAGAACUGUUCUCCGCAAGUGUCAAAGGAAAAGCUAUCAACGUCGUGUGUAUAUUUUUCGCCGCAUCGUUUUUAACAUCGACUAAAGUUUUCCAAACUCUAGCUAAUAAUUUUGGACUGUUUGCGCCAUUUACCUUUUUCGGACUCUGUUGCGUAGUUAUUUUGAUAUUUUCGUACACGUGUGUACCCGAAACUAAAGGAAAAACACUCGAAGAGAUUCAGCAAAUGUUAAGGAGGACCAAAUAAUGAAUACCAUGUGAAGUUGUAGUUACUAUCUUUCUACCUAAAAGCAUAAGGUUCUUGCAAUAGUGCAUUAUGUGCCACGUGACAUGAACAAGUCUAUGAAAUAAAUGGCGUUUUUAUAGGAUGAAUCCGGUGAUGCCGAAUUCCCUCCCGCAGAUAGUUUUGGUUAAAAUACAGAUAGUCAAAUUCCCUCCCGGGUAUUAGCCG